UCUCCGGCUUGCGGUGGGAACCCGAGUGGGGUUGGAUAGGGCGAAGAGACAAGGACCUUUCUUCGCCUGUCCCUAGGGCGGCCCGCACAGAGCUAGGGUUCUGGGCCGUUAGGAGAUGGGGUGGAGAUAGGAUUUGUGUCCCUAAUCCUCUCCCUUUGCCCGAGGUCCGGAGAGAUUAAUUUUUUUAAAAAACUGGUGUUGGGGGAGGGGGGAGAGCUUAACCCCUUCUUGCCUGGUGCGGAGUUGGACUAAUGGAUCGGACAGAACUAGCCACUUGGCUCUGAUUGGGCAAUAGGGGCCCCGAGAGUGCAGAAGGUGCCCUGUCCUCCACCCUCACCCCAUCUCCAGAGGUGCUUGCUGGAUGCCCCCAGCUUGGGCCUUAUGGGAGGGGGUCGCCCCUUUCUCUAGCUCCACUCUGCCUCCCCCUGCCCCAGCCUCCUCUCCCAACCAUCCCUCCCCAGUUGCACUUCUUUCUCGGGCUCCUUCUCCUCUUCCAGGGCCCCUUUCCUCUUUCCUUCCCCACUGAGGGCCGCCUCUCUCCUGGCAGCCGAUUUUGCCCUUCUGCACCCCUCCCCUGGGCCUCACUCAGGGCUGCUGGAGCCCUGUCUCUACUGCUUCUUCCCCUGGCCCUGCUGCCGCCGCUGCUCUCAGGCUCAUCUCCUUCUUGCUCUUUCUUCCUCUGCAGCUCUGUAGACUGACUCUCCACCAACCUGUCUCUGUCCUGCUCCCCAUUUCCUCUCCAGGGCUUGUGUACCCUUUCUUUGUCUUUCUCCUUCCCCUGGGUCCCAGGAAACUUAGAGUUCACCUGCCUCCCUUUCUCAUAGGGAAGGGUCAAAAGUUAUUGGUGUUCUUCCUCUGGGAAUUGGGAAGUUUUGGGAGGAAGGAGUGGCCUGGUAGAGUCAGAGCCCAGACUGCAUCCAGAGAACAGGUUCAUUUCCACCUUGUAGUGGUUACCUGGUUUGAAUGUGCAUGUAUGAGUGUGGCGUGGGUGUGUGUGUGUGUGCGUGUGUGUGUAGGAGUGUAAUGUUGUAGGAGUGUAAAUGGGGGGAUGUCUAAUUUACCAAGGUUCAGUGUUGGAAGUGGGGGUGGGAAGGGCCUGGUGACAUUCUGAUGUCAUGCUUCCCAGAGUUCCCCAAGGGACAGCGUAGGGAGGGUCCCCCAUACACCCCCCAGGGAGUUAGUUGUUGAAGAAAGCGGUUUGUGCUGAAUCAGAAUUCAUUUGGCACUGAUGUGAGCUGGAGGCCCCAGCCCACCCCAGAGCAUACCUGAAAGAGGAUGGCAUCCACAAGAGGGUCUCCACCCUAAACUGGGACCUUGAAUAAAGAGCACAUGGGCUCUCCAUUCUCAGGUGGUCUAAGAGAGGAAGCACCCUCAGGGAACCUCCAUUCUGAUGGGAGAGGCAGUUCUUAUCUUCAGAGAUUCCCUCUUCUGAUGGGGAAUACUGCCCCUUCUCCUCAGGAGCUCCCAUCUGAUGUGGCAGAGAUAUGACCCAGUUAGGGAAUCAAUGAAGUAUGAAAAAUUACUCAUUUCCUAGUAGUGGGGAAGAGUGGAUUUAGAAAUUAUAUAGACAAAUGAGAGGAGUGAGGGCUAUCUAGGACAGCUUUCUGGAGGAGGUGGCAGCUAGGUCCUGGUCAGAUGAGCUUUGCGAUUGAAGGAGGGAAUUCAGUUCAUUCUUAGGGCAGCCUCUCUUCCCAUCUACCCCUUCAGGACAGGAAGAGAGGUUCUAGAACUUCUCUGUUACUAGCACCCAGGGUUGAAGAAUGGCAGGAGGGUUCCUGGAGGGCCCACAUCCCUGGCUCCUUCUCAUACCUCAUUUCCUGCUUGCAGCCCCAAGCAUCCGCAGAGCCUGGGGUGGAGGUAGCUUUGAAGCGUAUCCGGUCCUAGCGAGUAUGGAUCAGCUCCCUUACCUCUACCCCUGUCCCUUCUCCCAGCAGUGUUCUUUCCUCAUGAGCAGGUUCCCAAACUGCAGAUCACCACCCAGGACAGAGCUGAGGGGCAGGAGACUGUGGUCAAGGUCGAGUUCUGCCUCUUAUCUCCUGCAUCUCAGUUUUCCCAUCUGUAAAGUGGGGAUACGAAGAGUCCCAAGCCUGGACAGUUCACAGUGAGAUGAAUCUAUGUAAUAACAGAAGAGGAGAAUCGGAAAAGACCAAGCAGGCAUGAGGUAGCUUUCCCACACCUGUCAAGUGGGUGGUCUAAUGCAGUGCUCUGCCCUUCUCAUGGGGACCUGAGUGUUAGAAGUAAUUGGAGAUCACGUCCCAGGCAUGCAGCAUGCCCCUGACCCUGAGCUUCCUCCUUCUCCCCUCAUCUGAUAUUCCCCUGCUUCUCUGACACCCAGGCUUUGGUUUAGGGAUGCUGCAAUCCUACAUCUGCUAGGAAGCCUGCCCAAAUUGUUCCGGUUACAUAUAUCCUGCUUUCCCAUCUGCCCUCCCUUUCUUACUUCCCACAAACAAAACCAAACCCCUGUCCAUCCAUAUUUCUUCCCAGAACAUUAUCUGAUGCAUCAUAGAGAUUUGGCUCUACACUGUUCUGCUACGGGUACUCUUUAUACCCUUCUGCAUCUGUGAGUCUGUCUUGAACUGUGAGAACUGUGACUUUGUCAAGAACAGUGGCCCUGUUGAUGAUGCCAGCUUCCUGAACAGCUCAUGUUCAGGAAGACAGGUGCUCUCUUGAGUCAUGGCUUCUUCAAAGCUCCGAGAACCUGCGGAUGAGGUUUUCGACCUGGACUUGGCUGUGCCAGAGACCGUCAGACUGGACAGCAGUUUACACAAGGCCCGAGCCCAGCUACUGGCCAAGGGCCGGAGACACAGGCCCUCCCGCUCGAGGCUUCGGGACAGUGCCAGCUCUGCAGAGGAUGGUGAAGGCUCCGAUGGGCCCGGAGGCAAGGUGACCGAUGGCUGCGGGAGCCCCCUGCACCGGCUGCGCUCACCUCUGCACUCGGGCCCGGGGUCCCCAGCCGGGAGCUCCUUCUGCCUGGAGCCCCCGGGGUUGCGGCGCAGCCUGGACGAGGACGAGCCGCCGCCCUCGCCGCUCGCACGCUACCGACCCCUGCACAACGCCGCCUCGCACGAGGGCCUGGCUGCCGCCUCCUGCUCGCCGCCGCGCUCCGCGCCCUCGUCCGACAGCUCGCCCAGCUUCGUGCGCCGCCAUCCCCGCGCCGAGCCGCACAGCGAAGAUGACAGCCGGGAUGCCAGCCCACCUGAGCCCGCCAGCCCUACCAUCGGCCUGGAUAAGAAGACUCGCCGCAAGUUCCUGGACCUGGGGGUCACCUUACGCCGAGCGUCCACUAGCAAGAGCCGGAAGGAGAAGGGCAGCAACCGUCUGUCCAUGGGCAGCAGGGAGUCGGUGGAGGGGUCCGGCAGGUCAGGGGGCUCCCCGUUCCUGCCCUUUUCCUGGUUCACAGACAGUGGCAAGGGCUCGGCGUGUGCUGGCAGCACCACCUCCCCGGCCUGCUCCCCUAAACACGAGGGCUUCAGCCCUAAGAAGUCAGCUUCUCAGGAAUCCACUCUGAGUGAUGACUCCACACCCCCCAGCAGCAGCCCCAAGAUUCCAAGUGGUCCCCGGCAGGCGGCCAAGUGUUCCUACCCCUACCACACACUGUCCCAGUCUUCGGAUGAGUUUCUGGAUGAACCUCUCCCCACCAUCUACCACUGGACCAGUCAGCAGGUGGGCCAGUGGCUGCACAGCCUCAACCUGGAGCAGUACGCUGCUGAGUUUGCUGCGAGGCAGGUGGAUGGGCCGCAGCUACUGCAGCUGGAUGGAAGCAAACUGAAGAGCCUGGGGCUCAGCAACUCACAUGACCGGGCGCUAGUGAAGCGAAAGUUGAAGGAGCUGGCAGCGGCCGCUGAGAAGGAGCGCAAGGCCCAGGAGAAGGCUGCGCGGCAGCGUGAGAAGCUCCGGCGCAGGGAGCAGACGGCCAAGAGGAGCUAGGGGGACGGGCAGGCAGCUGCUGGGCUCUGAGGGCACAGGCCGCCCGGGGAAGUGGGGCCUGGCCCCAUGCUCUCAGGAGGAACAGCCCUCUCACCCUGUCUUCUAUCUGGACCCAGAUUCCUCAGAAAGGGAGACCCCAGGGGGAGGACCCAGUAAUAAACCCCAUUUCAAGGACUCGUCUGGCACAGGGUUCCUGGGGGAAGUGGCAGAUUAUGGGCAGAGAAGCCAGGGCUGAAGCAAGUCUGGGAGCCCAGAAGUGCCUGAGUCAUUCUGACCCUCUGCCCUCAGGCCAUGGUGGUCCUGGGACCAGCAGUGAAUUAGGAGGCCUGCUUACCUACCAGAAGCCCUGGGCUCAGAGGGGGCCGGGCAUCUCUGCAGGAGCAGGUAGAUAGAGCAGUUCCUUGCCAGCUCUCCCAGGUGACUGUGUCAGGACAGCCCUGUUCUGCUCCGCAGGGAGGCUGGUGGGCCUGCAGCACGUUGCAUGCAAGGUGGGCUCCCAGUCUGCACUCCUCAACAGGAGGGCAGAGAAAGCAUCAUGAUUACCCCACAUCAUCUCUGCAAGGACUUCAGAAGGAAGGGAGGAGGCAAAGCUCCUCCUUUUCCCCGUCCCUGUCCUGUGGGUCUCUGUUGAGAUAAUGCCCUUGCAGGUGUGCCCCUCCUGAGGCCCAAAGCCUGGUCUUUGACCCACUCUCCAAGCUGGGCCCACUUCUGCUGCUCCCUCAGGGGCCACCUGGGCCCUCCCUGAGGACAGAGCAAACUUGGGAGCUGGUGGCCACGGAAGACACCCCCUACCAAUGCCUAGAUGGUCCUGAACUGGCGAAUCCUCAUCCCAGCCAGAGAGGCAGAAUCUGGGAGGUCCCCCGGAGGCUGCUAAACUGGAAAGGUCCAUCAGCUGUCCCCCAUCUGCCCUGGUCCCUAGCGAGGCCUCAGUGGGUUCCAGAACUGGCAGACAGCACGGGCUCCGGUUCCUGGGCCACAGGGAGGGGUGGGGCCAGCUCCCUGGGUGGGGGCGGAGUCCACCCCAGCAGCCCAGAGCAAGCCAUCUGUCCUUGUGGGGAGGGAGUGUGCGGCUACGGUGCUGGCCAGCGGCUAGCCCAGCUUCUGGAGCGCUGGCCGGAGUUAACAACGAGGCCAGCGGCCUCUGAUUAGAGACCUCCCUCCGCCUCCUCCCAUCCGUCUGGAGCGGUGGACAGGACCCGAUGCAUGCCUACUCCCCUCGUUCCAGCCCAAGCGCUGUGGCCUGAGGGCUACCCCUAUUCCUGGGUCUCAGUCCUUUCCUCCUCUCUGCUAUCUGUGCCGGGAGAGGGGCUUCAGAGAGGGGACUGAGAUAUGGGGGCAUCAGUACCAUCUGGGCCCAGAGGAGGGGCCAGUGGGGAAGGUGAAAAGUUCCCAGGUCCUUGAAGCCAUCAGGAGUUAUCUGGGUGCCCACCUGCAUGUGAAGGGGGAGGCGGUACUCAGUUUAUUUCAAUAAACACUUACGACGUGCCA